AUGGGAUUACCACCUUCGCCUGACAGCGACACCUCUCUGGUUUCUCUUGACCCCGCCAUCGUCCGACAAAUCUCUCGCUCGAAAUCAUCUCAUCAGCAGCUGAGCGCAAAAGCGAAACAACCUUUUCCUAUCCUAGCAAGCGAACAGCACAUGCACGAAUCCCAUAACACUAUUCAAUACGAGCCUUUGCAUGGAAAACCACCGCGGAAAAUUUUUGAGAAGACGAGAAAAAACUCGUUACGACGUGUCAAGGAUAGCACCGAGGUUCUGCGGCAAAAGUCGACCAGCGCCCGGCAUGUUGCGAACACCUCUGAUGGCACCUCGGCUACGGCCAGUAAGGGAGGUCGUCAUUUCACUGUAGGCAAUGUGGGAACCGGAGGCAAGCUGUAUCUUAGGCCGACAGCAACUCAACCUCAACAAGCAACGCCAAAAGCUUUUGUCUUUCCCUCUCCGACACCUAACAGUACACUACAUGGUUCAUUACGACAGGAAAACGCCAUUUCGGGUUUACGGCAAUCUAUUUGGUCAGAUUCUCAGAUUUCGGACAAGGCACCAAACCCCACAGCAGCAAGAUCACCCCCAUUAAGGAGCAAAAUGUCUGACGGGCCACCAAGACCUUCCGCUCACAUACGUCCGUUCUCAUUCUCAACGGUCGAUGUGACCCACCAGCCAUCGGCAGAACCAAAAGAUGGGGUCUUACGUAUCGUAAUAGACAGGUCGGCGACAACUCGCCCUAAGACCACUGAGAAAUUCGCCCUGCCGACGCUGGAAAUUCCUAUUCCACAUUAUCGGUUGGGUAACCCUCAUUUUAGUAUACAGGGAACGCCUCUCUUGCGCAGCUCUGCUUACACCAAGACGUCGGGAGGCGUAUCCGAGAACUUGAAGCCAGCGUCGAUAUUGAAGACUAAUUUCCUCUCACCUGAGCGAAAAGAAGAAGGGCCCAGUGCGCUUUCCAAAAGCCAGACAUUUGAUACACUUCUCAGCUGUAGUGGCACCACAAGCGAUCUCUCCAAAGAUCCUGCAGGAGCAGCUGUUUCCUCUACGAGUCACAGCCAGGGGGAGCCAAUAGAUCCAAAGGUCUAUGAUAGGCUGACCUCGAUCAAAGAUGAACCAUGCGUAGUUCGUUACUCGCAAAGGACCGGAGCUAUCACUGCUGCUACACCUGCUCGAAUAGUAGCCCAGAUUUCUUCUGAAGCCUUCAUGGACUACGACCUCGUUUCGGACUUCUUUUUGACUUUCCGGGCAUAUCUGUCAACAGAACGUCUCCUCAGCUUGCUCUUGGCACGCUUGCACUGGGCCAUCAAUCGUCUCGAGGAUGACGGCCGAGUGAUUCGCAUUCGAACCUUUGCAGCUUUAAGGCACUGGAUUCUGAACUAUUUUGUGGACGAUUUUGUAGUCAACAGGAAGCUGCGAGUGCAAUUCUGCGACCAGAUCAAUGAGAUGUACCAUGAGGUCAGUCGAAGGACCGGUGGAGGCGUCAGUGACAUGAAAAUCUUGCUAGAUCUGAAGAGAUGCUGGAAUGGCAGAUGCUCCCUUUACUGGGACUCUAGGGAUUUUGUUGUUACACAGCAAGACGCAGAUAUAGUACCUGGUGGCAUCAUGGGAAGUCGUGACGCCAGCCUAACCCAGCUCGAUAUUGCUCUCGACCAAGAAAUCGGCAUGACACCAGACAACUAUCAAGACAAGGUUAGCGUUACGAAGAGUUGGUAUGGGUCACCACCAGUGACCCAAGGAUCGAAAACACAUGACAAACAUCCUUUUACCUUCACAGCCGGAUGGCCUACAUCUCCCACAAGUGAGCAAAGUUUGCAACCAAAGUCGUGCUCCAUUCCUGCCAGAGCGUUCAAAAGAACGCCACCUCCAGAGAGCAGCGCCAGACGACCGUACCCGGUGUCGCUUUACCAGAGAAUGCAGAAGUCGCCUUUCAAUCUUCCAACUUCUAUGGAAGACUCUCAGCGCCGUCUUAGCAAUGCUCAUAAGCGAAGUUGUAGCACCUCGGACUCGAUACGGGAUCAGGGAUCAGCAAAUUUUGUAUCGCAGCCUGUAUAUCUGGCAAGCCCCUAUGCCGGCAGUUUGAUUAGAGGCAACGUUUAUCCCCCAGCUGCUCCGUUUGUGGACGUUAUAGUGCCAGAAUCUCCUCCCAGUCAUAAACCUCGCCUCAAUGCCUCUCCGAUUGGGAUGUCUACCGCGUUUGAUAGCAGUGCAAAGUCAGGAUCGCCCACUAACCCUGGUAUGAAAACCUUGAUGGGCUCCAUUCGCCGUGCUCUUAGCAGCAAACAGACAGGCAGCAACUCCACCUCUUCAACCGAGGAGAUCGGUCCUCUUCCACCUUCGCUUCAUGGCAAAACAUCGAAUCUACCACUUAACUUGGCAAGAUCUACUGAUACUCUUAGAGAGAAAAAAUCAGCGCUUGCUUCUAGACAUCAUCUUCGAAUCGACCUUCUCUGUGCUGCCGUCUCUCAAAGCUAUCAGAUGGUGCAAGCCAAAGCAUCGGAAGAGUCAGUUGUUAAUCAUGGCUUAGGCGUUUCUAUAUCUGGUAUACAUGAAAGUUCAGGGUCUCAACAGACCCUUGGUUCAAGGGACUUUUCGAUCGAGGCCGGCGAUAUACAAGGUAUACCGGGUCAAGACGCUGUUCGGUCGGCUUCAUCGGUACUAGAUAAUACUACAGGGAAUGAUCUACCAAGGACGAUCACGGCAUUUGGGAGGGACAUGCAAGGAGAAGCCCUGGUUACUGAUUUAGAAUUCGCUGCUGCGGGCAUGGCGUCAACGCCAAUUCUAUCCACAGAGCGUAGCACACACCAGAGGAGAUCGAGCUUGGAAGAUCGUCGCCGCUCCAGCUCUGUCGAUACUGCUCUUGCACGAAGAUCGAGAGAGCAAGGAAAAAUGCGUGUGGCUAGAUCUGCGGGACAGCCGAGUCGCAUAGAGGCAUAUACAAGAAGAACAUCGUCUUCGGAGCCAAGCGAGAGGCUUAGAGCAGCCGUCUCGCCCUCAGCUCUCUUGCACACAGACCAAAGGCAGAGCCAUGCCUUGCCACAUGGUCCGUACCCAAAUUUUGACGCCAGCGUAGCCUCGUCAGCAAUGAAACAGUCCAAACUCGAGUUUCAAUCACAAGGGCACACCUUGCGCAGACGCCCAGGCGGCAAUCUACGGAACAUCGAAAACGUGCACGACUUGGCGGCAGGUCCUCGACGCCAAUCAACAGGCUCUUUGACCACCCAAUCAGAAUCAGUUGGAUCCAUGCUUGUCAUGGGCGGUCAUAAAGUCACGAUGUCGAAACAGAAGAAACCUGCUCUUCAAGUUGCUCAGCAUCCUAUCUCGCUGAUUCGCACCCACUCAUCCCAGCAUCUGAGACCCUCGUUUGAGGCAGCAAUUUCGGGAUUCUCGGCCAUUCCGGACGAUGCCGACGGGGGCCUCGAAGCAACCUUACUCAAAUUAGAAGGCAGAUACAAGCAUGCUUCGCCUGAGAUCGGCAUUGAAAUGGGUGCUGAAUGUGCUCGAGAUCAGACCGCUAUGGUGGGCUCCUCAAGUACAGAUCCUCGGCAGAACUUUGAUGGCAACGCUUCAUAUCCACAAGGGGUCCAGGCCCCUAUCUCUACGCGCGGCAGCAAUCCUCGCUUAAGGCAGCCAGCUUCAGCCUCAAGAACCAGAAAACCAGGCAUCAAAACCGUUUCUGCAAGGUUUGGCCAACCAAAAAGCUCCGUUGCAGAUUCUGAGGAAUCGUACAGCUCUAUUCCGUUGCUUGAGCGAGGCCUUGUUGGCGAUGCCGUGAAGAAGCCAAACGCUCAUUCCAAGUCAGCACCAACCGUAUCAAUCCCCAGUCCACUUCUCGAAGGUCAGGUGAUUGUCGAGACCCAGAGAGACGUGGCUUCUCCGCAUCCUUCAAUCGAGUUAGUUGAGAAGACAGAGAGCAUGGGCAGGAUUCCGCAUGGCUCUACUCUUCCAGAUGUUCGCCCGCUUACUGCAAAUGGCUCGUUUCUGCUCGAUGAGGAUGACAACUUGACGGAUCUCUCGUCCGAGAUGACUGUGGACGUGAUUGAGCACUCAGAGGUACAGGCCCCGAUUGUUUCUUCUCCGGCUGGCGCUCCAGGUAACGUAACAUCGGGGCAUCCACUGCCGACCCAUCCUUUGGCUCACCCACCGUCGCCAGCAUUCUCAAUUCAUCAAGCUGUCACUCCAGUACCUCCGGUAAACCCGAUGAUGUAUCAGCAAAAACCGCUUACACCGCAGCCCUCACCCACUCAGGGAGUUGUAGCUCACGAUAGCCAGCGUUCGCUUUCGCAAAUCCUGCCUCCGAGAAAGAGUCCCGCUGUUGCCUCUGCAACUGUGACAACGAGUGCUGGGCAUAUUCCAUUCGUCCUUGCAUGUGAGUCCGUAGUUCUUGCACAGCAGCUCACCCUUGUUGAGAAGGCCGCCUUGAGCGAGAUCGAAUGGAGUGACCUGGUGGACAUGAAAUGGGACAACAAGUCGCCAAACAUCCUGAAUUGGGUUGAAUAUCUAGCGGCUAAGGACAACAGGGGCAUUGAUAUUGUCAUCACCCGAUUCAAUCUCGUUGUGAAAUGGGUACUUUCAGAAAUCGUAAUGACGCAGAACAUCUACGAGCGUGCCCAAGCAAUCACAAAGUAUAUACACAUUGCUGGCCACGCCAAAAGAAUCCAUAACUACGCGACUAUGCUUCAAAUUACGAUUGCACUAACAUCAAUCGAUUGCACAAGGCUCAAGGCUACUUGGGAGCUUGUUUCAGAGUCAGACCAAGUACUUCUAAGGGAGAUGGAAACGUUAAUUCAACCUAUCCGAAACUUCCAUGACCUGAGAAUAGAGAUGGAAACGGCCAAUUUGCAGGAUGGCUGCAUUCCUUUCGUCGGCCUCUAUGUCCACGAUCUUACUUACAACGCCCAAAAGCCAUCUCAGAUAGCAAAUAGCCUGGGCGGAGAGCCUCUAGUCAACUUUGAAAAAUAUCGUACCAUCGCAACGAUAGUGAAGAGCUUAUUACGGUUGAUCGACGCAAGCUCGAAGUAUAACUUUGCACCCAUCCCAGGUAUCAUCGAACGUUGCCUGUGGAUGGCCGCUCUCAGCGAUGAGAAGAUUACCGCCCUGAGCAAGUCAAUCGAGCAGUGA